AUGUCUGACGCUCAACCCUCCACUCUCAAGUCCAUCGUCGACUCCACCACUGGUGCUGUCCAGAACGCUAUUGGCAGUAUCACUGGCAACACCAGCGACCAGGCUGCCGGCGAUCUCAAGAAGCAGAAGGCUGAGGCCGAGCACGACGCUUCUCAUGCUACAGCCAAGCUUCCCGGUGCCACCCUCUCUGGCUCUGGAGCUGCUACCCGCGAUGAUCCUAACCGCACCGAGGGCUCCUGGAACCAGACCGCUGGCUCCGCCAAGGAGACUAUUGGUGGACUCAUCGGUAACGAGUCCCUGAAGCAAGCCGGCCGUGAGCAGAACCUUGAGGGAAGAAACCAGGAGGCCAAGGGUCAGCUCAGCGACCUCGGCUCUGGUAUCAGCGAGCGUGCCAAGGGUACCGUUGGAGGUGCUGUCUCCAACCUUACCGGUGACAAGGAGAAGGAGGCCAAAUACGACGAGCUCCGUGCCGAGGGCAAGACUCGCCAGCGUGGUGUCGAGCACGACAUCCAGAAACAGGCCGAGGCUGAGCGCCGCGAGUAA